CUAAUGCGACGGCUGUUAGCUGGUCGAGAUGGAAAUCGACGACUUCAUCAACGUACUCAAAGCCCAACCCUCAUUGAUAAUCCUGCUCUCAUCUCUGGGAUUCCUCACCCUCCUUAGGGCCGCCAUCGCCCCUCUGAGCUGGGUCUACUCCACCUUCCUUAGGCCUGGCAAGGACCUCAAGUCGUCCUACGGCUCAUGGGCCCUCGUCACCGGCGCCACCGACGGCAUCGGCAAGGCCAUCGCCGUCCAGCUCGCCCUCCGUGGACUCCACCUCGUCCUGGCCGGCCGCAACCCCGCCAAGCUCGAGCAAGUCGCCGACGGCAUCAGGGCCGCACACACGGCCACCAUGGUGAAGACCGUUAUCGUGGACCUCGCCACUGACGCGGCGGAUUGGAUCGACCGGCUCGAGGCGGAGAUCGAGGCGCUGGACGUCGGGGUCCUGGUGAACAGCGCGGGGACGACGUACCCCCACGCCAUGUUCUUCCACGAGGUGGAGGAGGAGCUGUGGCGGAGCAUCGUGAGGGUCAACGUGGAGGCGACGACUAGGGUCACGCGUGCCGUCCUGCCAGGGAUGCUCAGGCGGCGGAAAGGCGCGGUGGUUAAUCUCGGAUCGGCAGCCUCGGCGGUACUGCCUUCUUUCCCUUUCUCUGCCGUGUACGCUGCUACCAAGGCAUACAUUGAUCAGUUGUCAAGGAGCUUGUUUGUGGAGUACCAGAGGAUGGGCAUUGAUGUGCAGUGUCAGAUACCUUUCUAUGUAGCAACAAAGAUGGUGUCCACGAAGCAAUCUUCCACAUUUGUACCAUCUCCAGAUGAGUAUGCUAAAGCUGCUGUGGAUUGGAUAGGUUACGGACCACGAUGCACUCCCUACUGGUCUCACUCAUUGCAGUGGUGCUUCACUUGCUUCAUCCCAGAUUUUGUUCUUGAUCUCUGGCGCUUACAUGUUGGGAUUACCAACCGAAAUCAAGCAGUAAGAUCGAAAGAGGAAUAAGAACAGAAUUUAAAGUUUAGAGUCGGUUUAUGAUGUUGCCAGUGAAGUACUUUGUGUGGUCUUUGGACAGUGCAUCGUACGAUCAUUACAGUUUGUUUUUAUGUGAGAGAGAAUGAUAUUUGAUGUGCAUGGUAGCUUAAGCUGUUCACCUGCUGAAGAACAGUAUAAUUCAAGGUAUUUGGAGAAUGAUAUUUGAAUGCUCUGUCUGCAGAGCAUUCAUGCCUUCUGCUUC